AUGUCAUCCGGAAAUGUGAACUUGAUCGAGGGUAAGAAAAGACCAGCUCUUGAGCAGGCCGGCGGGAUUCAGAAAAAGCCAAUGACUAAUCCGAACACCAACCCACAAGAAAUGCGUGACACCCAGAUCGCUUACCACAGUUCAGUUGAGGAUAAGGAAAACCCUCUUGACGCCUGUGUGAACAAAAUGGUCAGGGAGGCGCCGUUGCUGCGCUACGAUGCUGAGCAGAGAAUAGCCGCUAACGAAGGCGGCUUCGGCCUUCUUGCGGAACUCCGUGAAAUGAACGACAAGAUCAAUAGACUCGAAUCUCAUGGCCAGAAACUCGAAUCUCAUUGCCAGAAACUCGAAUCUCAUUGCCAGAAACUCGAAUCUCAUCGCCAGAGCCAUCUGGACAUCCGUCAAAGGGCCAUUUCCACAUGGGUGCGAGAUGCGCUUAACAAAGACACAGAACGCCGGAAGGAGGACAUCCGCCGACUGAACAAGGACAUUAUCCACGGCGGCGAUGUGCGUUCCGAUGCCAUGGUAGUCACUGAGCGCUACAAGAAAAGCAGCACCGAAUGGCAAUAUUUCCGUACUCUGUAUGGCCUCACCCCGGACAAUGUGAAUGAUCUCGACCAACAGAAAUGUUAUCGAUCUCUGCAGGCCUUGGAUAGAGCGGCUUCUAUCUUGCUCAAGAACGCUUUGACAAGCCUCCCUACUGAGGCGAUGGGUAAGGAACGCGAGGAUCUUGUCGCUAUGCUGCUGGAGGAGAGAUAUGAAGAGUCUGAGAAGAUGACCAGCACUUUUCUUGGCGGGAAUAAGUCGUCUGUGGCUGAAGAGUAUUUCUAG